AUGGUUGAUUGUGUUGAAAUUAUGAGAAACAAUUCUCAAGAUUUUCUUUUCAAUUUGAAAACAACGGAUUUCAGCAUAAAAAAUAUGACUAAAGGAUUUCUAUUAGAAAUUGGUGGCUCCAUAUUGUGCCUGGAAACUACAGAUGUUGAUGUGACUAAAGUUUUGUUAGGUCAAGUUUUGAUAAAUCUCAAAAAAGAUACAAUUUUUAAGGACAAUUUAAGAGAAAUUCUUUUCACGGAUAUCAGUAGUUUUAAUACAAUCACCUCAGAACAAAAUGAAGAUUUUCUGCAGAAUUUUCCUGAUCUGUUGGUUUGCAUUUUGGACCAUGACCAUGAAGAACCAAAUGAACAAUCUCAUGUAUUGAAAUCGUGGAUAAAUAUUAUUAAAGCAAAUGGCAAAAAAGUUAUUUUUAUCAUGAAAAAUUCUAAACAUCUGGAAAAAACCAUAUUGGAUAAUGAAAUGGAGAAUAUUUUCAAAUUGAAAUUAGAUAAAUUGUGGAAAGAAAAUGAAAUACCAUCGAAUGAUGCAGUUAAUUGUGAGGUUGAUAAUAAUAUAGUAAACAAUGAAUCGGCAAGAGCUUUGGAUGAAAGCAUGAAUAUUAAUUUAAAAGAAGAAGAAUCAAGUAUUAAAACGUCAUUAAUUGGUGAGACAACAACUGAAAAUGCAGAUUUGACUGUUCUAUUUCAAUCACUCAUUGUAACAGAAUUAAAUGCAGUAGAUAAAGAAGGCAAUACUCAAUUGCAUUUGGCAGCUCGUGAUGGAAAAACAGAAAUUGUUGAAUCAAUUUUCGUUCACGGAGUGAAAAAGGACGUGAGAAAUAAUCGUGGCUUGACAGCUCUUCAUUUGGCAGCUCAAAUGGGUCACAGUGCAAUUGUUAAUAUGUUGCUUGAAAACGGAUUUAGUGUGGAUGGAACCCAGAUUAAUCAAUUGACUCCACUUCAUUAUGCAAGUUCAAACCAUGAUGAUGUCCAUUUGAUAGAAAUUCUGUUGAAAUUUGAUGCAGAGAUAGAGAGAAAAAACAUAUUCGGCCGAACAGCUCUUCAUUUAGCAUCUCAAAAUGGUCACAGUACAGUAGUAAAUUUAUUACUGAAAAAUGGCGCCAAUGUAAAUGCUCGUGACAAUCAUGGAGAAACACCUAUGCAUAAAAGUAUAUCAAAGAAUAAACAAGAAAUUGUUUCAAUACUACUACAACAUGGUGCCCUUUUAAACAUCAAAAAUUAUCAACAAGAAAAUGCCCUUGAUACAGCUAGAUCCUGCAAUUUUCCUGAAAUAAUACAAAUAUUAGUCAAACAUGAUGAAAAUCAUUCUGUAAGAUGUUAG